GGAGGAUAAAAACGUAAUCGCAGAAAAGCAAGAGGAUCAGAAGAGGUGGCAAUGGCUGUGGCUGCACUUGCACUUCAGCAACACCUGCUCUGCUUUUCUAAUUCAGGAACGAAGGCCGAAACAUGGCUUCUACCCAGAAGGAGUACCCUUUUGAAAUACCGAAAGAAGGGUCAUCUUUCUCUCAUCUCUUGCAAUUCUUCUACUUCUCCGUCGCCGGAAGCCGAUACAGAGACGGCAGAGUCUUGUGUUAACUUGGGGCUCUCUCUAUUCUCCAAAGGACGGGUUAAAGAUGCUUUGAUUAAGUUUGAAACAGCACUUACUCUAGAUCCUAACCCAACAGAGGCUCAAGCUGCACUUUAUAACAAGGCUUGUUGUCAUGCCUACAGGGGGGAAGGAAAGAAAGCUGCUGAUUGUCUGCGUACUGCUUUGAGAGAAUAUAACCUCAAAUUUGGCACAAUUUUAAAUGAUCCAGACUUGGCUUCCUUUAGAGCUUUGCCUGAAUUUAAGGAACUGCAAGAAGAGGCAAGGUUGGGUGGAGAAGAUAUUGGAUACAGUUUUCGGAGAGAUCUCAAACUCAUUAGUGAAGUUCAGGCACCAUUUCGUGGAGUAAGGAGAUUCUUUUAUGUGGCACUUUCUGCAGCUGCAGGAAUUUCAAUUUUCUUUAACAUACCCAGGCUAUAUCGUGCAAUUAAGGGUGGGGAUGGUGCUCCAGAUAUCUGGGAAACUGCUGGAAAUGCUGCCAUUAAUAUUGGAGGUAUUAUUGUCCUUGUGGCAUUAUUUUUCUGGGACAACAGAAGAGAGGAGGAACAACUUGCACAAAUAUCCCGAGAUGAAACAUUAUCAAGGUUGCCUUUACGCCUUUCAACUAAUCGGGUUGUUGAACUGGUGCAACUGCGAGACACAGUCAGGCCAGUUAUUUUAGCUGGGAAAAAAGAGACUGUAUCUUCAGCUAUUGAGGAGGCCGAGAGGUUCCGAACUGAACUCCUUAGACGAGGUGUUCUUUUGAUUCCUGUAAUAUGGGGCAAAGAUAGGGCAGCACAAAUAGAGAAGAAAGGCUUUGGCCUUCCUCCAAAGGCAGCUGCUGCUCUUCCUUCCAUCGGGGAAGAUUUUGAGAAACGAGCUCAAUCAAUAACUGCAAAGUCAAGGUUGAGAGCAGAGGUUCGAUUUAAGGCGGAGAUUGUAUCGCCUGCAGAAUGGGAAAGAUGGAUAAAGGAUCAACAAAAGUCUGAAGGAGUUACUCCUGGUGAGGACGUCUACAUUAUACUUCGUCUAGAUGGUCGUGUGCGAAGAUCAGGCAGAGGCAUGCCUGACUGGCAACAGAUUGUGAAGGAGUUGCCACCAAUGGAAGCACUGCUAAGCAAGCUGGAAAGAUAGGAAUUGAUUUACUUCAGUUUUGCUGUGGAGAGAGAGAGAGAGAGAGAGAGAGAGAGAGAGAGUUAAGUGAUUAUUAUUAUAUUAUUUGAAAAAGAUGGUUCCGAGUGUGUUCGAGUGCUGAAAUUUGUUCUUCCACAAUUUGUAAAUAUACUACACUAAACUGGGAUGAUGCGAAUUUCGAGAAUAAGAGCAAAAUAUUUUAGGAA